CGUCAUACGUAACCGAUCCUCCAGUCAGCAGGAAAGAUGGCGGCUGUGAGACGCGUGCAGGGGCUGUGGGGACUCGGUGUCCGUGCAAUCCGUCAACACUCAGCCCUGAAAACCUCCAGCGUCCUGCAGCAGAGAGCUUUCCGCCUCGAUGUCGCUCGGAGACAGCAGACGUUUGAUUCAUCCAUGGAGAAGCCUCAGUUCCCAGGAGCCUCAGCCGAGUUCGUCGAUCACCUGGAGUUCAUCCAGCCCAACGUGAUCUCAGGAAUCCCUGUGUAUCGAGUCAUGGAUAGACAGGGCCAGAUCAUCAACCCGUCUGAAGAUCCACAGCUCUCCAAAGAUACAGUGUUGAACUUCUACCAGAAGAUGACGCUCCUCAACACGAUGGAUCGCAUCCUGUACGAGUCUCAGAGGCAGGGUCGUAUCUCUUUCUACAUGACCAACUACGGUGAAGAGGGCACUCACAUUGGAAGUGCUGCAGCUCUCGACUCCACCGACCUGGUGUUUGGACAGUAUCGAGAGGCAGGAGUGCUGAUGUACCGCGGUUUCCCUCUGGACCUGUUUAUGGCGCAGUGCUACGGUAAUGCGGAUGACUUGGGGAAGGGCAGGCAGAUGCCGGUGCACUACGGUACCAGAGACCUCAACUUCGUGACCAUCUCGUCUCCUCUGGCCACGCAGCUUCCUCAGGCGGCGGGAGCAGCAUAUGCUAUAAAGCGGGAGAACAGUAACCGUGUGGUGAUCUGUUACUUUGGUGAGGGAGCCGCGAGUGAAGGAGACGCCCAUGCCGGCUUCAACUUUUCCGCCACUCUGGAGUGUCCAAUCAUAUUCUUCUGCCGCAAUAACGGCUAUGCUAUCUCCACCCCCACUCACGAGCAGUACCGCGGCGACGGCAUUGCUGCUCGAGGUCCGGGCUACGGCAUGUUGUCAAUCCGUGUGGACGGUAACGAUGUGUUUGCGGUGUACAACGCUACCAGGGAAGCGCGGCGUAGAGCGAUUGCCGAGAACCAACCUUUCCUCAUCGAGGCCAUGACCUACAGGAUUGGCCACCAUAGCACGAGCGACGACAGCUCGGCUUACCGUUCAGUGGACGAGGUGAACUACUGGGACAAGCAGGACCACCCCAUCUCUCGUCUGCGCCACUACAUGACCGCGCGCAGCUGGUGGGGUGAGGACGAGGAGCGUGCGUGGAGGAAGCAGUCGCGCAAGCUCGUCAUGGAAGCCUUCGAAAAGGCCGAGCGGCGUCUCAAACCGAACCCGGAGUUAUUGUUCACCGACAUCUACAACGAGAUGACUCCAGGCCUGGCCAAACAGAAAGAGUCCAUGUUAAGGCACAUACAGCAGUAUAAAGAGCACUACCCACUCGAUCUGUACGAGAAGAUCGAGAAUUAGAAAUACACUUACUCUCACCACUUUAAUUCAGGGGGUUUGAAGAGGUAGGGAUGAUGCUGCAGCUAAAAUGGGAAAAAAUAUUCAAAUAAUCAUAAAGCACAGUUACUUUCUUGUAGAUACCUUUGGUUCAUUUAAAUCUGGGACUGGGAAAUUCGGAAACUAGGAAGUGAUGCAUUAAAUUGUGCAGCUUGUUUUUCAGGUCGAGUUAGGAUUGAGACAUAAGUGUUGCGCGUGUCGUAUGCACUAUUAGCUAUUUUUCCAUUGCGCACUUGGAGAACACAACAGAAUGAGUGUGUAUAUAGUUGUUUUUAUCAGUCUACCACUAGGGGGCACUGCAUUGUGCCUUUUAUGAUUUCAACACUAGUGUGGCAGCGCGUGAGUAAGUGAGAUAAUGUUACGAUCAUACCACUGACUGAUCACUCCACAACCAUUGUCGUAAUUUAACCUUUUCAGUAUGACUCC